AUGGUGCUGCACGACGCCGACGGCUUCCUGACGCAGCUCACGCGCAUGCUGGAGCGGUCGCGCGAGAAGGGCGCCGUCUACGUCACGAUGAAGCGAUGUGCGUUUGCGCCGGCCGCGCCCGCCGCCGCUGCAGCGCGCCUGAGCCGGGCCCGCGCCUCACGGUGCGCCGCAUGCCCCAAGGCGUCGACGAUGGUCGCCGCCAAGGACCACCGCCGCUUCAUGAAGUCGUACGCAAACAUCAUGAAGGCGGGCGCCACCGCC